AUGGCACAAGAUGGUGCUGCCCACGCCGGGGCUUUGCCCGAGGGCAUCUCGUCGCUGCUCGAUACAGAUCUAUACAAGCUUACAAUGCAAUGUUGCGUCUUGAAGUACUUUCCGGAUAUAGACGUAACCUACAGCUUCACCAAUCGGACUUCACACAUGAAAUUUACGCGUUCGGCAUUCCGUUGGCUUCAGGUUCAGAUUGACAAGCUUGGGAACAUUACUCUCUUGCCUGAAGAGCUGGAUUACCUUCGAAACAACUGCGUAUACCUCAACGAAGCGUACAUCCAUUAUCUCUCGACGUUCAAGCUAUACCCGCGGAAGCAGAUCAAGCUGACCUUUCAGCCUGAGAAUGACACCGGUUCCGACGAGGAUCUAGGUGAUUUGGACAUCCAUACCGAAGGAUUGUGGGUCGAGACGAUUCUAUACGAAAUUCCGCUCCUGGCUCUUGUUAGCGAGGCCUACUUCAAGUUUUGCGACAGGGACUGGAGCUAUGAAGGACAAGUGGAGAAGGCGCGCGACAAAGCUCUCAAAUUGCUGGAAAAUGGUUGUAUCUUCUCCGAAUUCGGUAGUAGAAGACGCCGAGACUAUCAUACCCAAGACCUCGUUCUAAAAGGCAUUAUGCUGGCAUCUAAAGAUGCGGAAGCCAAAGGAUUGAAAGGAAAGAUUUCUGGAACGAGCAACGUACAUUUUGCGAUGAAAUACGGCAUUCCUCCCGUAGGAACGGUAGCCCAUGAAUGGUUCAUGGGCGUGGCAGCAAUCACAGACAACUAUGAAGAAGCAAACGAGACCGCCUUGCGCUACUGGAUAGGCACAUUCGGAGAAGGUGUCCUGGGUAUUGCUCUGACUGAUACCUAUGGCACUCCCGCCUUUUUGCGCGCUUUCAAGAAGCGCAUCCCUCCCUUUACCACCGCGGAGUCUGGACCAGCUGCCACAACGGCGUCAGUUGCUGCCGGAUCGACGAUUCCAGCCACUGGCACACUAGGAACGACUGAACCACCGAUCCAUGCCCCCAUUGGAGAUCGACGAGAGGACGGGCAAGAUACACCGACUUACGCGCAAGUGUUCUCUGGUGUGCGCCAGGAUUCAGGCGACCCUGAAGGUUUCAUCAAGACGAUGCGGGAAUUCUAUGACACGGAAGGUAUCAAGGGCACAAAGGUCAUUGUGUUUUCGGAUUCGCUCAAUAUCGAGCUUUGCCUCCGUUACAAGAAGGCUGCCGAAGCCGAGGGCUUCCAGCCCACUUUUGGCGUGGGGACGUUCCUGACGAAUGAUUUCGCAAGGGAGUCGACGGGCCAGAAGUCGGUCCCACUAAACAUAGUCAUCAAGAUCGCCUCAGCCGGCGGCCGAGCCGCGGUCAAGAUCAGCGACAAUAUCGGCAAAAACACAGGCGACAAGGCGACGGUGGCAGAGGUGAAGCGGCGUCUGGGGUACGAGGAGAAGGAGUGGGCCGGAGGCGACGAGCGGAGACGAUGGGGCAAGGAAGGCGAGUAA